UAUACUCCCUGGAAGCACAAGUACUUUGUAAGAGUUUGAUAAAUUACUCUAGCACCACUGCAGCACCAGUGCACCACAACAUUCAACGUCAACCGCACAUGUCAUUUGCCCUUGUAGACAAGACACACGUUACCGGCUCCAACAUUUCUGGAUUCCGUCCCUUUAAUAAUCGAAGCAUAACGCUGCCCUAUUGGUCAAUCGGUCCGCAAUCAGAGGGCCGUGCUUUAAUUUAAAACACCCCAUCGUCAGGUCUUAAGGCUGACUAUUAGACUAAAUCGGAGGCAAUUGUACUCCCGUAUAUUACAUGUUAAGCAGUCUACUGAACAAGCACUAGAUGCGAUGGCGACCGAUACUCCCAUUGGAUACAUCGUCCAAUUUCAAGCCUCGGGCGAGAAUCCAGUUGACGGCAGCACAAUCAUCACUCCCUACAAUAACUCAUUCCACAUGAACUCCUCGAGCCAGAUGACGGGUACCUCCGGACGACAGUCGAAGAAGCGACCUAACCUACCCAAGGUUCGAUCCGGAUGCUUAACUUGCAAGUAAGUCGAUGCUUCGUCGACACUGUGAAGCUCGAUGGCACUAAUACAUCAGCAUUUGAAGACGAAGGCGAAUCAAAUGUGACGAGCGGAAACCCGAGUGUAAUCGCUGUCAGGUGUUUGGCGUGGCAUGUGAAGGAUAUGGAGUUCGCAUCUCCAUAAAUCGACGCAAACCAGAACCCAAGCCGCUUCUGCCUCGCACUGACGAGAUAUCGCCACCAUCAUCAUCGCCUCAAUCAUCACAUUCAAUACAGUUAUCGCCGAAAUCCUCACCGUCGAUGAGAUUGCCCUUCCGAGAUGAAACUGAAGAACGAUAUUUUCGAACGUAUCUAACCAAGGCAAGCAUCUCUGUGACUUGGAGCCGAAGCCGCGUCUUUUCUACGUCGUUAUGGGAUCGUAUUAUCAUGCAAGCUGCACACGAUGAAUCUUAUCUUCGUGAGAUGCUAAUUGCGAUUGGUUCGUUUACUGAAUCCAAAGAUGUCCAAUUGAGGGGUUACGUGGAUGAAGCAGCGCAAAUGCGAGUUUUUGCUGUCAAGAGAUACGGGCUUGCCCUUCGUUCAAUGAGUGUUGGACUUUCGAAGCUCGAAAGCAGCGAAGGCCCGAGGAAGGCUUUGAUCUGCUGUCUUCUAGUAUGUUGUUUUGAGUGGCUGCUGGGAAAUAACUUUACUGCUCUUGUACAUGCUGGCAGCGGUAUUAGAGUACUACGUCAAUGGUUGAGAAAUUAUAGAGGUAAGAAUUACAAAGCUGGUCUCUGCUCUCCCGAUUCUGGGGUGAUCGAGGAUGAAUUAGUCCAAGCCUUUCUAAGGCUCGACAAACAGGUUACGACAUUCGGGGAUCCUGGAACAACAAGUGAAGAACAUAGGGAGAUAAUACACGAGUCAAUUGAAACAGUUCAGAACAUGCCUGAAAUUUUCUCGGACAUGCGCGAAGCCCGGUUAUACCUCGAACUGAUCGAGAGACGAUCAACUCAUUUUGCAUAUUUAGCAGCUGCACAUUAUGCCCCUAAGAACAGCAAUUCUUCCUCGUCGAUUGUCACGAAACGUAGCCUUAUACAGGGAUAUAGCGCCCCUGAAAAGUUAAAUAUGGAAGCCCUUAAAUACGAAAUGACCCAAUCACUCAUUAGAUGGAAAUCGGCAUUUGAUCUAUUCUGUUCCAAAAUUCCACCCUCGGACACCGAUCGAAUCAUGGAAGCAAACCUACUAAUGGCUCAAAGCGCAGCUAUGGACGUAAUUAUGACUAUUGCCCCCGGCAAUACUAAAGAAAACCACGAGAGAGCUCUCCCAGGGUAUCGAACCAUAUUAUCCGUCACUGAGAAAAUUCUAGAGGGAACAAAAGAUCAACAACUUGGAAAUUUCAAAUUCGAACAAGGAGUUAUAAUGCCGUUACAUAUUGCCGGAAAAUGGUGCCACGAUCGCACAAUUCGCAGAAGAGCUAUAGAUCUUUUAAGACUGUAUAAAAGCAGUGACGGGGAAUCAAUCAGGGAAGGGGUCUGGGAUAGCGAAACUUUCGCAGAGUGGGAUGAGUGUUUCUUAGAAGGGAGGGAAGGCUCGGAGUGGGGAGAUGGCUCGGAAAGGAUUGGCGAUGGACAUAUGCGGAAUGCGGCAAAGGAUAAAAAUCAGAUCUUUAGGUUGAGUGGGCAGGCGAAUUCUGACAGAAGCUCGAGUAGUGGUAGUCCUAGGAGUGAGCAGGGGCGAGGAGCGAGUUAUAGUCCUAGGAGUGAGCAAGAACAGGCAAUGGCGGGGCGCUUUGUAGAAUUGGGAAAUGCGGAGGGCUGGGUGGAAGAAUUGCCCGUUAGGUCAUCUCCUUGAGCUCGAGGUUGAUGGGGAUGAUAUCACUGUAUUUUAGUAUUGCAUAUUUAUUGUAAAUAUAUGUUUGUAGCUGGAAAAGCAAGUAAGGACAAUUGAUAAAAA